UAUUGACAGUUACUCAGAAAUUAAGCAAUUAAUAUCUUAACUCACAACAGUGCGUGAUUUUAAUGACAAUAAAUUAGGUUUUCAAUUGAUAUUUAAUGUAACCUUUAUUAAAUCUAAAAGAUUUUAAAUGAAAUUACUGACAACAGGUGUCAUUUGGUUUGACUUAACAUCAUAUUCCUAGCACAACAUAAACGGUUAAGAACAGGAUUUUCGAGCUCGCUAUCUCCCGUUGAUAUUACUGAUAAGUUUUGAAGUUUUUGUUAUCGAUGAUAUUAUGCAGAUAACGUUAUGUUGAGUGGUCAUUGCUUAAUCGUGAUGGUUUUUAGCGCGAAAGGGUGUGAGUUGUGUGAAAUGUGAUCUGAAAUGUGUUUCAAACUAAAAAUGAGGAGAUUUAACUGGAUUAGCCGAUUGGUACCAAGAAGAAACAGCCCAUAUGCGUUGUUUCUUUUGUUUGUUAUAUGCGUGCCACUCAUGUGGUGCUGGCUUAUGAUCGACACAGUCUCCAGCGUGUUACUGACUACCGUGGCCGAAGAAGACUUGUACCAUUUGCAAAGGAAUAGAAAUUUAAAGGAAUAUAUCGAUAAUAUUCCGGUGCUAAUCGAACCGUCCAAAGACCCGUGUGGAGACAUUUUAGUUUUAGUUACGUCAUCACCAGGUCGAUUUGAAGAACGGGAAGCAAUUAGAAGCACAUGGGGCAAACAUUUAGUUACGCUCUUUGUGAUGGGUCUUGAUGGAUAUACUGAGGAUGAUGUAAUGGUAGACAACUAUUUAGAAGCAAAACUGCACAGUGACAUCAUAAUAUACAAUUUCAAAGACCACUACCAGAACCUCACCAUAAAAACGGGUCUCAUGCUGGAAUGGACCAUUAGUAGAUGCUCCUCAUCCAAGUUCCUGUUCAAGACUGAUGAUGAUGUCCUGGUUAAUCCGUGGAAGUUGAGACAAAUAGUUGAGGAGAAUGCUGAGAAUGUGCUGAUAGGAUACCUGAAGUCAAAUACCUAUCUUCACAGGGAUACUCAUAGUAAAUGGCACAUCCCGCGCUGGCUGCUUCAAGAUGACUUCGUGCCCCAUUAUUUAUCUGGCACGGGCUAUUUAAUAAAUGUUAAGUAUAUAAAGCUAAUGCUACACGCCGCCUACUCAGUGCCAAUGAUUAACUUAGAAGAUGUUUAUUUUACAUAUUUAGUUGCUAACAAAACACUAGGUUUUACAUUAACCCAUGAUCGUAAGUUAAGCCCCUAUAAACCCUGGUUACCGAUCGACUGUUUCUAUUGGGGGCUGGCGUCCAUACACAGUCUCAUCCCCAGUGAUAUAAUUAAAUGGGGAUCGUGUGUGAUAAAAAUGGGUGGCGAUAACCAAAACGAAUUAUGUAAAUCGUACGAGAAUUAUAGCGAAUGGUGGUUAUUGUGAUUUUCGACCCCAUAU